AUGUUCGGUGGUGUGUUCCGCGUGUUCGCCGUGCGUGUUUGUUUCCCAGUGGCCAUUGAUAAAGUGUACUACCGGUGUAGCAUUCCAGCGCAGCGUCGACGGCAUCAUCCGUACGCCACAAUGUCCGCCGUUCCGCCGGUUGUGGUGAUUCUCGGUUCGACCGGUACGGGCAAAACGAAGCUGUCGCUCGAGCUAGCGGCCCGGUACGGCGGGGAGGUGAUCAGUGCCGAUUCGAUGCAAGUAUACACAGGACUAGACAUUGUAACUGCCAAGGCAACGCAGGAGGAGCAGCAACAGGUGGUUCAUCAUCUGCUGAGCGUGGUUACGCCAGAUCAAGCCUUUACCGUGACCCAUUUCCGUGAGCGUGCCUUACCGAUCAUCGAUGCGCUGCUGGCGGCCAACCGGAUGCCCAUCGUCGUGGGCGGCACCAAUUACUACAUCGAGAGUAUCCUGUGGCGGGUGUUGCUGGGCGCGAGCGUUAAGCGGGAACGGGUCCGUGUGCGUAGUGCCACCGAGCUGCCGGGUGAUGGGACCGAACCAACCGUGAAGCAAACGAAACCGGACGAUGGCGUUGCUUCACCGGUGGACCAACAGCAGACUACACUGGAGCGUCUGCUGGAGGAGCUACCAACGAUUGGAAGUGGCGAUGCGCUUGAAGUCCACGGUACGGAACUGCUGCACCGGGUGCUGCAGCGUGUAGAUCCGGAGUCGGCCGACCGGUUGCACCCGAACAACAAGCGCAAGAUAAUUCGGGCGCUCGAAGUGUACGUGGAGUCUGGCGGACAACGCACGAUGAGUGAGGAACUGGCCGAGCAACGUGCAGCACCAGGUUCCUGUGAUUUGGGCGGUCCUCUUCGCUAUCGGAAUGUUGUCAUCCUUUGGCUGCGAUGUGAUCAGGAAACUUUAAACCACCGGUUGGAUGAAAGGGUUGAUAAAAUGGUAGCACAAGGCUUACUUCCAGAGAUACGAACAUUUCACGAAACGUACGUCAAACCUUACGACACCUGUGAGUACCAUCGUGGCAUUUUGCAAAGCAUCGGAUUUAAAGAGUUCGCCAAGUAUCUGGAACACAACGGGCCAGAAAAGGAUCGGGAGCUGCUAGACUAUCUUACCACCCCACCAGACGUGCGCGGUCCAAAGCCAGCCGGGCUGAAUCAGCUCGAGGAUUGCCUGGACUAUCUUAAGCUGGUCACACGUCGUUACGCCCGCCGACAGCUUCAGUGGAUUCGGAAUCGCUUUCUCUGCGACACUGGCCGUGAAGUGCCACCAAUCUACGCGCUAGACACGAGCGAUAUCAAUCGCUGGAAGGAGCAGGUGUCCGACACUGCGGUGGCGAUCAUUGAGGCCGCCACAACCGGACAAUCGGCGCCGGUUGCUUGCGUGCCGAAGAUCGUGUGCGAUCAGCGGGCACGAGCGAACCAAAAAGAUCGCACAUUUCGCUGUGAAUCCUGUCAGCGUGUUUUCAUAGGCGAACAUCAGUGGCAGAUACACUUACGCUCGAAGAAACAUCGGAAGGUUGCGAAACACAGUACGGGCGAACGAACGCACCGGGACAGGCCAGUGGAAAAGGAAGUGGAAGUAGAGUAG